AUGACAGCUACAUACUACGGCGAUUACUCCUCCAACUCAAACGAAUUCUACGGCCAAAGCUACAAUAACCAACAAUACGCAUAUCAAUCACAAUCGUAUGGAAAUAAUAUGGAUCACUCAAAUUGGUCUUCAUCAAACGCAUCAAAUGUAAAUACGAUGCAAUACCACCACCAACAACAGCCAACCCAUUACUCAAAUAUGAACCAGUUCGAUCAAUAUCACAACAACUACGCAUACUCACAACAGAGCGCCGAACAUAUGUACCAACAACAUCGAUCGCCAUCGUACAAUGAAUCACGACAACAAGAAAACUUUAAUGUGCCAUACGUGCCAAAUAACGCACACGUAAUGUGCCAACCAAACGCAUAUAAUCCAAUCGAAAAACCAACACAUAUCUCCCAAGUGCCUGCUGCAGUCAAUAAUGUGGAUAAUUCCCGAUUCACGAGCGCAAAAUUCGAAAAUGACUCAGUCGAUGUUGAUGAUAAUUCGCCCGUGCUACGAGCUCUUUUGAGCAACAAAAGUGCGAAAAGAUUGAGCCCAAGCUACAGCAACCAAUCUCCGUCAGCCAAACGACCAAGGACUCAAGAGAAUCAUUACGUGGAAAAUGGAACAAUUUCGCCUGUUCGCACCGAAGAUAGCUUAGACUAUUUUGAUGAUUUCGCAUUUGAAAAGCAGCAACCAAUCACAGAGAAAAGUGGCUAUGAAUAUGGAGCCAUGCCAUUGGGAAUGACUGGCGAAAAUUUAAUCGCAACGUCAUCGGCCUCAACAACACCAUUGACAAAUCACACCGUAAACAGCCCAAUCACAAGCUACGUGGAAGGCAUCAGCACACCACCACAAUCGCCAGGAGAUGCAGCCAUUGAACAUGUCAAUCAAAUGUCACUCGAUGCAUCAUGUAAAACCGACAACAAAGCAUACACACAAAAUGGUGAUGCAGUCGCAUGCAAAGAAAAAAGAUCACGUCAAACAUACACCCGUCAACAAACACUGGAAUUGGAGAGUGAAUUUCGUACAAAUCGCUACUUGACCCGACGAAGACGCAUUGAAAUAUCCAGCAUUCUCAAAUUGAGCGAACGACAAAUCAAAAUAUGGUUCCAGAACAGAAGAAUGAAGGCGAAAAAGGAUCCGAUGCUUUCAAUGAGCCCAAGUUCAGACUAUAACGACACACAGUUCCAUCAGAUCCCCGUCCCAUCUCAUUACAUUGGAAACUUCACCGCGAUGCCCAAUCCAUACCACCAAGCCCCACCAACCAUGCCGAUGCAAACCCAAACACAAACUUAUCAACAUCCGCACCCGCAUCCACAUGCACAGUAUUACUAA